CCAUUUCCUGCCCAUCCCAUCAUCAUUUGCUCGUCUUUCCGCCAUCUCAACCACCUGUUAUCGCCGUGCUGCUAUUCUUGCAAACACCCAUAAGCUACCGACCACCGACUGCCGCCGGCUGCAUCCGACAUGUCGGCCAAGCGAUCGAAGGCGUCCACCGCCGACGAGCUGGGGGAGCUCUUCGGCGACAUCAGCGACAAGAGCACGGUCAAGAAGUCCGCCGGCAAAUCCAAGUCGGCCGCAUCCAAAGCCCGCGGCGACAAGCAAGAGCAGGACAUCCUCGCCGAGCUGGAGAACGAACUCGGCAGCGAAGAGCCGGCCCGACCGCACACCCCUCGCGUCAAAGAUACGUCCGCUUCGAAAGCGCCCAAGCGGACCAGCACUGCAACCCCGCCGCCAGGCGCCGUCCGCCGUUCCGAAGACAGGCCAGCCAAUGCCGCGCGCAAAUCCGUCGAGAGCACCCGCUCCCUGCGUACCAGCUUCACCCCGAGCGCCACCAGCUCUGAGCCCCAGGACGCCGAGAAGAAGGGGUCUGUCGAACAGACGGCCCCCGCUGCUGGAAGCGGGUGGUGGGGUGGCAUCUUUGCUACGGCCAGCGCUACUGCGAAUGCGGCGAUAAAGCAGGCCGAGGCCGCGUACAAGGAGAUCCAGCAGAACGAGGAAGCCAAGAAAUGGGCCGAGCAGGUUAGAGGCAACGUGGGGGCCCUGCGAGGUUUGGGCGACGGCCUGCGCCAUCGUGCCCUACCCACCUUCGCCGACAUCCUCCAUACGCUCGCCCCGCCCAUCUCCUCGCACGAGCGGCUGCUGAUCCACAUCACCCACGACAUCGUCGGCUACCCGUCGCUGGACCCGCUCGUCUACGGCGUCUUCAGCCGGGUGAUGUCGCAGGUGGAGGGCGGCGACCUGCUCGUGGUCCAGCGCGGCCUCGAGAACACGGCCCGGCGGUCGUCCGACGCCGCCUUCUACCGGGGCUCGUCGAGCUCGGCCGGCUGGCGGGACGGGCCCUGGUGGCGCCAGGGGGGCUCGCCGCGCGACCUGGGCGCGGUGAAGGGGCUCGUCGAGGGCACGAAGCUGUGCCGCGUCAGCGCCGAGAGCUACGCGCACGACUACUUCGAGGCGCUGGGCGGCGUCGCCGAGGCCCAGAAGCGCGCGCUCGAGCCCGUCAGCGAGGACAACCCGGUGCGGACGAGCGACAUCUUCCUGGCGGUGCAGCCGAUCACCACGGACGCGGACCCGGCGCUGUUCGCGGGCGGCGCGGCCGACGAGGCGGAGCGGGAGGCGAGCGCGGUGGCGGACACGGGCGCCGACGACGACGACGACGACGACGACAGCGCGGCGGACGCGCAGGUGUGCUUCGCGGUGCACGUGCUCGACCCGGUGCACGAGAUCCGGUACAGCGCGGUGAGCCAACAGAUGCCGGCGAAGUGGGCGCGGUGGCUGGACGCGGCGACGGCGCCGACGCCGGCGAGCGGGGACAGCGAGGGGCCGUCGGCAGCGGCGGAGGGGGGCGCGAGCGCGCACGUGCCGGAGGAGCUGCGCGAGGUGGUGGAGGGCGGCGGCGUGGACCCGCGCGAGUGGGCGGCCGAGUGGGUGGAGGAGGCGCUGAGCCUGGCCGUCGGCGUCGUCGCCCAGCGCUACGUGGCGCGGCGCAUGGGCGUCGGCGAGGGCGCGCUGGGCCUCGGCAAGGGCAAGCAGAAGGUCGAGACGCUCCUGCAGGAGGGCGGCGGCGAGGCGGCGCGCGCCGGCCUGAUCUGAUUCUUAGUAGGGCGAGGAUAGGGGUGUAGGGGUAUACGGGGGAGAUGUGUAUCUACGGCGAGGGAACGACGGACGAAGGUAUGGUGCAU